CUCGCAACCGCCAUCCUGGCCACCUCCUCCGUCCUUGCGGUGCCCGCUUUCAACGCCGACAAGCGCCAGCAAGCUGUCUGCACCGAGGGCCUGUACACGACUCCCCUCUGCUGCGCAACUGACGUGCUCGGCAUCGCAGAUCUGGACUGUGCUGCUCCCAAUCCUACCCCUAGCGACAAUAAAGACUUCAUCAACAUCUGUGCCGAGGUUGCAGGCGGCCAGCAGGCUCAGUGCUGCCUCUUGCCCAUCCUCGGCCAGGCGCUCGUCUGCGAAGGCGUCGUC